AUGUUCCGAUAUGGCUCAGAUCCUCCGUCUGGAGUUGAAUAUAACCCCAUGCUCCCAGAUGUGGCCAACGACCCAACUGGCAACGCUGCUGAUUUGCACAAGACGCCUGACGAUGCAGACUCGAAUGACAGCACCGUUGGUGUGGGCACCGGCCAAGGCGACGAUAUGGAUGAGCUGCCCGAAGCUGUCGAGGGUUCUCCUGCAUCCACCGAUGACCCAGCCGGCGCGGACAACGGCGAGGUUGUCUUCGAGCGAUUCAACGACUUCCCACUCGAGGUUCGAUCGAUGAUCUGGAUGGCUGCCGCUCACAACGCCAAGCCUUCCGCUGGAAUUUACAGUUUCACGCGCAAGAACAUCAGGCUGGAAUCCGGACCGUUAUACCCUGACAUAUCCGGGAGGGUGCACAGAAACUUUGACAAGAUCGGCCACGACCACCCCCUCGCCAGACCUAUUCAUGAGCUCCUUUCCUGGUCCUACGAAGGUCGCUGGGUCAUGACAUUUAAACCCUCCCAACAAGUCUCCGCCCUCACUCGUGACAUCCGCGCUCUGUUCGCGAGCUGCUCAGAAGCUCGGACUCAGCUCAUGCGCUGCCCAAAGCUGAGCUCCAGCUUUGACUUCCACUACAGGCACGGGGCAGAAUUCUCCAGGCUUGGGAAUUGCAACCUGGGCAGCAUCCGGCCUUUCUACUAUGACACCGACUGGGUCUGCAUGGAAGAAAUGGCGUAUGCCCCGACCAUCAUACCUCAAGCUGAUGUACCUGAUGAAAUACGAUGCACGACUGACAUAUGCCGCGUCCAGCACCUUGCAAUUCCUCACUAUGGUACGAGGCAUAGUUACUAUCGGCGUUAUAUUCACCUCCGCGGCGAUUCCGUCUGGUGCCGACUGAGCAGUCUCAAGUCCGUCGGCUUCCACGCGCCCUACUUUGAGAUCUCGCCCACGUCCGGCUGGGAGGGCCAGACCACGGCGGACGAGAGGAUGUUCCUCCGGGGCUUCCCGGGGUCCAUGCGUGGCCAGAUCAAUUGCUACAGUGACUACCAAGUGACGAGCAGCAGCUUCGGCCUGCGCAAGGCCAUGAGGAACCUCGAGAACCUCGUCGACGAUAUGCGUGCUUUGGUGCGCGAGGCGGGAACCAGCCCCCACAUAGAUGGCCGCCACUUUUCCCGCCUGAACUUCUGCAUCCUGCUCAAUUCCGACUUCCAGACGGAGCUUGGCCGGAUGUAUUUUCGAGAGGAUGGCUCUCACCUUGACGAUUUCGACGUGGACGACCUCGACAGCGAGCUCAUGAGCAAUCGCCUGAAACUCCUGCGGGCUACAUCGUAG